AAAUGUGUUGAUAUGUUUCUAGCAGUAGGCUCCUCUCUUUAGUGCCUUUUUUUCAGCUGCUUUUUUUUUUUAAUCAUUUGUCGACAUGGAUCUCGUCUCUAAGGACUCCUACAUGCAGAAGUUUGCAUGUAAAGCGUUUUCUCAACGAGACCAGGAGCCAAAGAAGAGACCGUUUGCUUAUUUCAAGGUUAAAAGUGACACUGGUCCCCCGAAGAAGAAGAAAAAGUGUAAGAAGAAACAUUUGAAAGAAAACGGCACUAAUGAGAAGACACCUACUCCUAAAUCCCAACAAAAGCCUUCACCCUCCACUGCAGCACAGAAAGGCCCAGCCACAGCAAAACUGAACGGGUCCACGACUCAGAGCAUAAAUGCAUCUACAACUCAGACACCUAAAGAGUCCAACUUCUCCACAGUAGAUGUACUCCGCAAGAGACUUCAUGAGAAGAUCGAAGAGUCCAGAGGGCAGGGAGCCCCAAAGGAUUCGGCAUCAGAGGCCGUCCAGGCAAAGCGAGCAAAAAGAAAGAUGGAACGGGAGCGCAAGAAGAGGAAGAGGAAAGAGUUCCGCUUGAAGAAAGCGGCCGAAGAAAGUGCCCAAGAGGCGCAGCCGGAGAUUAAAAAGGAAGAAGUGCGUGCCCCGGUCGUGAGCAAAAGAAACGAAACCGCCAUCGUCUUCAACAAGGUGGAGACGGUGGAAGAGGGAUAUUUAGACAAAAUGCAGAGAAAGAAGAACAAGAAGCUGAGCAUGAAGGGCCAGCUGACACCACUGACGGGGAAGAACUACAAGCAGCUGCUCACUCGCGUUGAGGCUCGCAAAGCAAAGCUAGAAGAGCUGAGGGAGAAGGACGAGGGGAAGGCCCGCGAGAUGGAGGAGAAGAUGAAGUGGACCAACGUGCUCUACAAGGCGGAGGGCCUCCACAUCAAAGACGACGAGAACAUGCUGCGCUCCUCGCUGAAGAAGAAGGAGAAGAGGCGCGAUCAGAGGAAGAAGCAGUGGAGCGAGCGGAGCGAGAACGUCAUAGAGAAGAUGCAGCAUCGCCAGGACAAGAGACGCAAGAACCUCCAGAGAAGCCAGCAUGCCAAGGCCGAGAAGAAGAAGGACAGGGCGAGGAAGAGAGGCAGAGUGCUGCCCGAGGACUUGAAAAAAGCGACACUGUAGAGGAGGACUGUGUGUUAUGUUGCCUUUUACGACACAAAAACAUAGGCAAUGUUUUAAUGUUUAAAGUAAAUCUCCUUUUAUGGCAGUAUGAUUUAUUUACAUUGAUAUGAAAGCGCAGCUGCACGAAUUGUACCUUUAUACCCUGUCGAGGAGUAAUAUGUGUGUGUAAUGGUCAAUAAAAUGUGAUCUUUAUGAUGAA